CUGUCACGUGAAUCGUCUUGUGACAACAGGAAGGAGGAAUGAUAACAGUGAGAAUGCUGUUGCUACUGCUGCUUUGACACUUUUCAAGUCUUCAUUUCUAAUUUGCAGAAAGCAACACACAACAAUGACUUCUAUUAUUAAAGAAACACAAAGCAUAAAAGAAGCAGUGACUUUCAUCAAUGCGAUUGAUGUGAACAAGUUCUCCAGGCUGAUCUCUCGCAUCAUACAAAAGCUUCAUCUGAAGGAAGAGCGGACGUUCAGUGAAGAAGAGGAGCAAAAACUUGAGGCUGCUCUCUCAUUGGAUAAACAGGCUCUUAAUCUAGUCCUGGAAACUGCUGCCUUCAUACUAGAGCAGGCAGUGUAUCAUAAUGUAAAGCCAGCAUCUCUGCAGCAGCAGCUGGAGGCAGUUCAUCUAAACCCAGACAAGGCUGAGGUUUUCUCUCAAACCUGGGCCACAGCUGGACCUGAGCUGGUGGAGAAGCUAAAGCACAAUAUCUUUGCCCCAAAGAAGCUGGAGUAUGUUGGUUGGCAGUUGAACCUGCAGAUGGCCCAGUCCAGCCAAGCCAGACUGAAAUCUCCCAGUGCUGUCCUCCAACUGGGGCUCCGCAAUGAAGACUCUGAGGUUCAGGAAAAUGUCUUUGUUGAGUUCAGCCACCAGGAGCUGCUUGAGUUCUACAACAAGCUUGAAAUCGUACAAGGCCAGUUGGAUUCCUUGACUUGAUGCCUGGUGCUCUUUGUACAACCAUACACACAUUCAUACAAACAGACACACACACACUCACACAUUGUUAGUGUUUUUGCUGACAGAUAUGCCAGCUGUUAGAAGCCUAGCAAUUCCAUUCUUCCUCUGAUUUAUUAGAGAAAAAUGUCAAAAAUUUGUAGACAGGAGUUUCUCUCUCUUUUUGAGCCCCAUUUAAUCGAGGUUUGUGCUCAGAACUGAGGGAGGUCCGUGUGAUAAAUCUCAUUGUGCUUUCAAUUUUUAUGUCUUCAUCAAGGAGAUGGUGGAAAAAUUACCUUUUUCAGUAUAAAUAAGUUUCAUAGUAACAUUUUUCUAUAACCUGCAGUGAGUAAGUACUGUUUGAUUGCAGGGAUAUAAAAAAGUUAUAAAAAAGUGUUUAAAUGUGCCAAUAGUCAGUGAUCUUCAAAACAGAUGCAUACCGAGAGAAAAAGGAAGUAAAAAGUCAGAAUUUAAUUUUGACUUGAAAGCGAUGAAUUUUGUAACUUGGAGAAUGAAUGCCAUUCUAAUAAAAUCUGAAUUGGAGGUGAAAUCCA